AUGGCCACUCACCAAGCCAUCAUCCUCCCCGAAAUCAACUCACCACUCACCCUCGCCUCACCCUAUCCUCGCAUACUACCGCGCAAUCCUCACCGGCAAACUCCCCUACCCCUUCCCCUCCCCUUCACCCCUGGCGCAUCCCCAAUCGGCCGCAUCGAGGCCACCGGAUCGGACACAACAAUUCUCAAACCCGGCCAACUAGUGUACGUCGACCUUACCGUACGCGCACGCGAUGACCCUCUCAAGGAACAAGGCACCGCCAUCCUCCAGGGUCUCUUCGGAGGUAUAACCCCCGAAGCGCGCAUCCUAUCCGAAAACGACUGGCGGCAUGGCUCGUGGGCGGAGAAACAGAUCGUCCCGCUGGAGAAUGUGCAUGUUCUCGAUGAAUCGCUGCUGUGUGAGCAGAUGGGCUAUUCACCGGCACGGCUAACCUGGAUCAACACCCUGCUUGUUCCGUAUGGCGGAUUACUGUCGGGGGCACUGCAGCCGGGGGAGACGGUGAUUGUGUGUUUUGCGUCUGGGCAUUUCGGUGGUGCGGCGAUUGAUGUUGCGCUUGCCAUGGGGCGGGGAGGUUCCCUGGAGAAGAUCCAGGGUGGCUAUCCAAAGGGAAAGGUAGUCGGGGUUGCGACGGAGGGUCUCGAUGGGACUUCCCUGAAAGAUGCGAUGAAGAAAGCCACUCCUCGCGGGCUUGGUGCGGAUCUGUUCCUUGAUUUUACUCCAGCGUCUGCUGCAGAGGGGCAGAAAUGGAUACACAUCUCCUCUGCGAUAUCAGCGUUGAAGGCUAACGGUCGUGCGGUUCUUAUGGGUGGUGCUUCGGAUGCGGUCAGCCUGCCUUAUUCAGAGCUCAUGAUGCGUAAUAUCACGGUGAAGGGGAAUUUUAUGUUUGACGGAACUGCUCCUGCGAAGUUGAUCCGGCUCAUUGAGAUGGGGAACUUGUCGUUGUCCAGAUUCCACGACAUUGAGUUUAAUUUCAAGGACUAUGAAAGGGCGAUUGACGAGGCUGCCACGAAGACUGCUGGUGACUGCGGUGUGGUCUUGAUCCACAAAGGAUAG